AUGGCCAACGCAAUCAGCAUUCGCGAUCCUUGUGAAGGGGCCAAGGACCACCAAGAACCUCCAACUGGCGAAAUGGAAGCACUCGAGCAAACCCUAUUCGCUCCCAUCACAAGAUUGAACACAGCGGAGUGUAAUUUUGAACAUCCACCUGAGGUCAGAGGCUUGCUGACCACACUGAGUCCUACGCCAUGCAGACUUGAUGCGCCGCCAUCACCCCUCCAAACCGCUCCACUUCCUCAGCACCGCACACCACCUCCCAUUUCUGCCCCAAUGUUACCACUUCCUGCUGCCUACAUUUUACGACGCUCACCUACUUCUCGUCCCUUUCCUGCCUACGCUUUAAGCAGACCUACUAUUCCACAUCCGUAA